AUGAUCAAGAGUCGUUAUGGCCAAGACCUAUGUGAAAAUAAUUCUGAUUUUAAUGAAAACAAUCCCAAGAAUCCUAUAUUCCCCAAAAUACAAGAUUUAAUUAGAGCAUGGAGCUUGAGGUUUUUUUACAGUGGUGUUUUAUUGUUGACUUAUUUCAUUGAGCUUUUCUUUAUCACAGGAGUUCUACUCAAUUGGCUGAGUGUUGCCCAGGCAUACAUUGGACCUCUUCGCUUUCUUGGGGUUGGUCUCCUCGUCUUUGGAUCCUUCCUCAUAAUUGUGGCUAUGUUCCGAUGGAUGUACUUGGUUCCUCAUGUGCCUGCUCAGAUGGCUGCUGCCCGAGACAUGGCCCUACAUGGCGACCUGCACAUUGUGAGUGUCCCGUUGAGUCUAAGAGGGCCUGCAGCCAUGUACCCUCACCUCCACGCGCCUCAUCCAUCCUUCGACCCCAGCAAUAAGCCACCAGAUUACCAGCAGGUGAUGGAGAAACCUCCUAGUUAUGAAGAAGCAGUUGCAAUAUUCAUGGCCUCUAGACCAAGCGAAGGUUCCUUGCCCCCAUACACUCCUCGCUUUGAUCAGCCACUGCAUGAUGGCAAUGAGUCCAUCAUGCAGGAUUCAGUGUCUUGUGGGCAAGGUAUCAGUGGCUCUGUGAGUUUGCCAGCAUUCACUGGGGACAAGAUUGCUCCUGAGUCAUCAUCAUCACCACCAGUGGCACACCAAAGUAUUUCUAUAGAUCAACUCGAAUUAGCUAGCCACGCCCUACCGACGCUUUGCCCACCUUCUAUGUGUGCUCCGUUGCAUGCACCUGGCCCAUUGCACCCAGUCGAUGAAACCAAAGAUGAUGCUUCUGAAACAAGAUCCUCUACUCCAGUAAUAAUUAAUCUCUCCGAAUGUCAUGAUAAUCAACGUAGGCUAAGUUUGGGCAGUGGUGAAGCAACGCCUCAAGAACAGACAAGAGGACGACGUUGUGAUGUUGCUGGAUUCGUGCUCACUCCGGCCUUCUCGACAGCCGCGGUGAACAUGACUCCCAGAGUGCAUGAUACUGCGAAAUCUGUAAUAGUCUUUAAAACUGCCAACAGUUCAUCCUUCCCCAACAUUUCCUCUUCAGGAUUGUAGGAUUUACACUUAAUAAUUUACUUCAUUCAAGAAAAUAGUUUGACACAGCAACAUAAUUUAAUGCUCCAAGGCUCAGCGCUGUACGAUUCUCGAUAAACUCUCAAAGACCAUCUUUGCUGAAACUAAUAUUUACUUUUUACUACUUCAUAGAUUUUAACACGCUAUUAUGUUCAAGUGCUACAAACAAGAGAUCUGAGAGUAAUAUAUUAUGAUAUGGAUUUAUAAAGCAUAUCUUUAUAUGAUGUUAUUUUACUGCAUUAUUUAUACCUCCACUACGUUAUCUUUGGGGUUUAUCUGAGGCUUUAUUACUUAUUGUGUAUUGCCCUUUAGUUUUAUAUUUUUUAAACAUGGUCAAUUGUGUUAAAUGGCAUGCAGGUGUCUGCAGCAACUACUGGUAAAAACAUUCAACCUAAGUUAAUUUGCUGGUCAUUAAUUUUUUGCCGCAGCUGUUAAUCGUUACCUAUGAGUCUCAUAAAAGUAUUCAAUAAUCUCAUAUUUUUUUGUAUUUCUAAGAUCAAGUUAAUAAUGAUUGAGCUUUACCUUAGGAUUGUUGAAAUUGCUUGAUUUUGUUGCCUUCUCUUAUAUUGCAUUACUAGUGUUGUUGGAUGACGACCAAUGUGAGUUGUUCCACUAACCUUAUUAGCUGCAAUUUGUGCCACUCGAAUCACGAAAUUUUGACCUUUUCGAAGCCAAAUGAAAUCUGAUCCAAUACCAAUAAUAUCUGCUGAUAGCUUCAAUGUAGGAUUAUCUCAGCUAAAUAAUUUAUAAACAAAAAAAAAAAAAAAAAUCACAGUUUUAAUAUAGACGUUUGACCAGUCGCAACAUUUUCUACUGCAUUUUGCAUCAGCUUACGCAAAAAAUUUAACUCAACGACCUUGUACCUAACCGAUAUUCUGCUUCAAAAAAGUUUCUUGAAGAAUUAUUUAUGCCCAUACGCUGUGAUGUACGGUACCUAUUUCAUAUCUAUCUCGUAAAUCACUUUGAAGAGUUUUUGUUAUUUCUGUUACUCUGAUAUUAAAACCUGUUAAGAUUUAGACAAUUCGAUCAUAUCAAAUGAUCAAGGAGAUGAUGCAGAAUAAAUUGAUAGUCUUACGAUAAUACAGAAUUACCGGUCAUUUAAUUUUGAAAAACGGCGACUUGAAAACGGUCAUUAGGGUAAAUGUAUCUAAUUCUUGAAUAAACUUUUUUCUAACCCGUGUCUCAAGUCGUCAGAAGUGCAAUGGGGAGUGUUGCGCCUUCAUGGAGCUAGUGUUCUCAGUUAAGCUGUUGUGUAGGCAGGCUUCCUUGCACUUGUGUUCUGUCUCGUGCGAGCUGUUACUGACGUCUCUGUUUAAACAAUAUAUUGUACGAGUGUCAGUUUCUGGUGCUGUUCCACUGACUCUUCAUCGCUCUGCAUGUCUUAAAUGCAACUGCUACUUCCAAAUUUGACAGGCUUCUUUGCCUGGUUACUUGAAAUCUCUCUUGUAAUGCGAAUUAUGUGAUCACUGAGACCUUUCGCCUUGUUUGAUGAUCCAGACAGUCUUCGAUAAGUUUGAAGUUGAUAUGAAAUUUUAGGUUUUUAUGCCGUGGGGUCGAGACUUAUCGCGCUCAGACAAGGGAAUUUCUUUUGGAUUACAUAAAAAAUUUCAUGAGAUUUUUCGCUGUUAUACUGUAGUCCGUUCCCUGAAUAUCAAAACGAGAAACUUUAUCUUCACUGUGUACUUAAUAGUCUAGUCUGUAAAUUAAUUUUUUUCUUAUUGUAGAGAUUGAUAAGACCGGGAAUGCAUGCAUCUCAGGCGCGUUGCCGUGUUAUCUAUCGUUGACGUUACUCUGUCAGCGUUUGGUGCUUGCAAAUGACGCGAGCCAGUUCGUGAGACUUGAUGCCAGUGCAUUAAGUUUAGCAUGAAACUGUAAUUAUAAUUAUCCAAGUCCAUCCUUUUUACAAUUGUCUGAUAUUUUUAAGUAUUUCUAUCAAUAAGAAUAUCGACGAUAAUUUUACCUCAACGAAUGAUGUUCCUUCUUACAUAGUAUUUUUAUCUUCAAUUUUAUUGUGUUUGUAUCGCACAAUUUUGUAGUAUAUUAUUCCAGGGUAAAAAUUAGUUCAGCUCCUCAGCAAAUGCUCAUUCUUAGCAAAUUUUGGCAAUCAUACUCAGAUUCUCCGGCUUUGUUAAAAUAAAUUUCGUCUGCUAGCCUGGUACGUCACAGCUUACGAACAAAAAUGUUUCGUUUCUGCACCUCCUGUUGUUGCUAAGCAUGACGAUUUCUUUAUCACUAACAUAGUUGUCCUGACAGCGAGCUAGACUGCGCCACAUGCACUUGACAUGAACAUUUUAUGCAUCACGCACUGUGACCGAUGCUGCGCCCAGUGCUAACUGGGUACAUUAAUAAUGCCUAUGUUUAAACAGAGUUAUAGGCAUCGUUCAUGCCGCUGGGUCCGGAUUUUGAUAUUUUUCAAGUUUAUAUUGUUAUGUGGAAUACUUUCAUACUUUAUUUGUGAUAUUUACGAUAUGGCCGCGUCCUGAUUAGUACAAGACUUUGCUUUUAUUUCUGUGGCGCCUCAUUAGGCUUGGUAAUUGCAUAAUUUUUGUAUUUGUAAUCGCUUGCAGGAAAAUGCAUGGUUCCGAUAUUGCGUUGCUUUGAUAGUCUGGUUUAACGUGCAUUGAAUGUAUCCGAACUUAGGCUCUCAAACUAAUACUAUUGGUUAUUUAUACAUAUACUGCUACUACUACUCUCCAAAUUUACAAAUAGUAUUGUAAUUAUCUCCGAUCGUGCUUUAGCACUAACUGAUAUAUUGCGUAAAUUUGGUAAACUCUUAGAACGAAUUCCGUGCUUAAUUUUUCUUGAAUUGUCCUGUGAAUCGAAUAGCUAUAGGAUUUAAUCUCUUGUAAGAUUGAAGUUUAGAUUAGACAACGGAUACAGUGCAUGUCUGCAAUGAGUCUUCUGUGCUUGUAAACUAAAAUAAAUAAAUCAGGAGCCGUGACGGACGUCAGUUUUCUUCACUGACAUCACAUUUUGACUUUAUAAUUUUCAUCUCCGAAGCCGCAUGGGCGUGUAACACGAAAGACGGGGUUUUCAAAAAGAACGAAGUCUGGUAGUCGGAUUUAAAAUAAAUCCGUAGUGUUGUAUUAAUGACGUCAUUUCACUGAUUGUGAAAGAAUAGGAUAUACAAAAUGCCUACGUCGAUAAUGGUAUUUUUUGUGGUUGUAGCGGCUGUUGAAGGUAGCGGGCUCCGUAAUGGUUGUGUGGUGCAGCAUUGGGCAGCCUUAUGCAGCUUUGUUCUCAACGUGAAUUUGCGCUCGCAUUUGUCAUGGAGGCGCCUUGCCUGUUUCACAUUUCCGCGCUCCUACAGCAUCAACUUCACAUUUCGUUCGACGGCCAUUGCAUUAAAGUUUUCUCCUUUUGUUUAUUGGGGCAUAUUAAUAAAAUUGUCCCCGCAGUUAAAGUUUUUAAACCGUUAUUCAUUUUCUUUUAUGCUAAGAAUAUGUAGUUUUGAAGGGAACGGAAUAAAGCAUCGAAAUAAUUAUCAUUUAUUGUGCUGAAUAACUAUUUGGCAAGAUCAGCAAUCAAGUAAUGUAAAGUGCAGGGCACAAAUUAAUUCUUAUAAUUUUACUACUUCAAUACGUAUGCCGUUCACAGCGUUUCGAUAUAUUGUCGGGUAAACUUGAUGCCUUGAAGUUCAAUUGCUGUUGUGCGAUUUGCCAUUUUGUAGAAAUUACAUUCUACUGCAGAUGAAGAAUCAUUGCUAACGGACAACGGUUUAUUUGAGUGACAAAUUCGACCUGAGACGCAGACUCUCUCGUCCCAAAUCUAGCACUGGCUGAACAGUUCUCGGCUGCCCGAUGACUUCCCUGGUUCUUAACCUUCGUUGAAUGUGACACUGAUGAGCAAUAAAUAACUCGAGAUAUUCAUUUUUACUCUUGGUGGUUAUGAAACUCGCUGUGAGUGAAAAUUUAUUUUAGUAAAAAAAGACAUUAGUUAUUGUUACAUUUCAAGCCAAUUAUUGGUUUCAAUUUAUUCAACCCUCUAAAUACAUCAAUAUCCUUCAUGUGAA